UCCACCAGAGAGGAAGAAUUUACUAAUCUGUCUCUGGACCUUCCACCUGGAGGUGGAACUGUUGAAAAAAUGCUGGAUAAUUACCUGAUGGAGACAGAGUUGGAGUACAGGUGUGAGUGUGGUGCCACCAAGUCAGGCCAGCGCUCAUCAUUCGCCACCCUGCCAAGAGUGCUGGUCCUGCAUUUGAAGCGUUUCCGGUACACUCCAACUUUCCAGCUGGAGAAGAUCCAUGACCCUGUCGAUCUUCAGAGGGAGCUGGUGGUGUCUUCAGGCCAGGAUGGUGCGUGCUACAGUUUGAUCAGCACCAUAAACCACAUCGGCACCACAGCAAGAAGUGGACACUACAUCUGUGACGGAGUGGACCCCGACGUGGGACCGGUGGACCUGACAGACCGCUGGUUCACAUAUAACGACACAGUGGUCACUCAAACAAGCGGUGUCAAUGUGUGCAACCAGCGGCAACGAUCCUCGUACAUCUUGUUUUAUCGGAGGCAGCCAGAGGACUAGACAGCAGGAGAGCGACUGAGGACCCAGUGGCAGGGACCAGAGGACAAACCACAGGACUGGACAGAUGACCUGGAGGCCGGACAGACGUGUCAAAUGGAGGGAGCUGAAGGACACAGCCCUCAGGAGGAUGGGCCCCCCCAGAGAGCCAGGUUCCUCCCAAGGUUUCUCCCUCAGAGGGAGUUUUUCCUUGCCACAGUCGCCCAAAAUCACAGCUCACAGUGAGCAGUGACAGGACUAAAUAUUUUAGCUCCAGGUCAAACUUUUACUGUCCUGUUAUCCUGUACAGUUGGUUUAAUCUUCUCUGUACAGCUAUGGCUUGCUCUCUGGGGAGAUGGUAAGGUGAUAAUAAAGGCCUUGACACAUCGAAACUAGAGAUGGGCGAUAUGUACUUGGUAGUCAACUAAUCUGGUGGUUAUUGCUGUCUCCAUCUUCCUCUUACAAAGUCUCUGAUUUUGUGCGUCGCACACACAAAUAUGUCAUCAGCUGUUAUUAUCUCUGGAUGACUAAUUCUUACCGUGAAGAUUUUUUCCCAGUAUAUCACCAACCAUAGAACAUCGCCCAUCUCUAAUCUCCACAUUAAGAAAUAUUUCAGAGAUUUCAACAAAAAAAUCAGGAAAAGUUAAA